AUGGUGAAUAAGCACGAUGUGAGUUUAAUUGUUUACCCUAAACACUUGUGUGUUGGAGUGAUAUCUUGUGAGUUUCAUUGUGCUUUGCUUGGUUCCUAUGAGAGUAAUGCCAUGAUUUACCAUUUCACUUUGGCCAAUGGAAUCAAGAGCAUUACGAAGAGUUUUGAGGCCGAAAUAGUGGAAAAUGAGCGGAAGCGGAAGUCGAGCGCGAAAGAAGUCGAAAGCCGGAAGCAAAAGAAGCAAAUCCUCCCCCUUCUGAAGAGAUUUUUAGAUACAAUUGUUCUUAGUUUUAAUUCCAAAUCCUUGUUCUUAACUUUGCUUCAUGGGAUAACGGCGGACCAAAUUAAACUUCGGAUGUUUCCUUUUUCCUUGAGGGACAAGGCUAGCAUUUGGUUGCAUUCUCUACCUAAUGAGUCCAUUCACAAUUGGAGGGAGUUGGCUCAAGCCUUCCUUAACAAAUAUUUCCCUCAUGGCAAGACUACAAAGUUGACUAAAGACAUACUUGAGUUUGUCCAAUUUGAAGGAGAAUCACUUCAUGAGGCAUGGGAGCGGUUCAAGGAUUUACAACGAAGUGUACCCCAUCAUCGGCUCAAUAGAGAGCAUGUUAUACAAAUCUUCUAUGAUGGGACGAAUGUCACUACCCGAGCCACUAUCGAUGCGGCUUCGGGGGGUUCACUUAUGCAAAAGACCUAUGAGGAAGCCCUUGAAUUGGUGGAGAAAUUGGCCGUGGUUAGUAGUACUUGGGGUCCUAUGGAGAGAAGAGCACCACCUACUCAAAAGUCACUCAUGACUCUUGAUCAAGUAAGGGAGAUGGAAUCCAUAAAAGCCGCAAAUGCUUCGCUUCAAGCUCAAGUGGAUGCUCUCAAGAAGCAAGUCGCUCCUAUGCAAAGAAACGCUCCGGUGGCUUAUGUUCAAGUAGGUUGGCAAGGCAAUGCUCAAGGGCCUAAUCAUGCGGGUCCAAGCUUCCAAGGUGGAAAUAGACCUCCCCAACAACAAGGAAAUUACCAUCACAAUCAAGGUCAUGGCAACAAUGCGGGUGCUAGACCUCAACAUCCUCCCGGGUUUCAACCUCAAAGAAACAUGGAUGAAGGGAAUAUGCUUGUUAAGUUGAUGGAUGAGCUUAGAGAGAUGAAGAAAGCUCAAGGGAACGAAAAAUUUCACAAGUUCCUUGAGAUUUUCAAGAAAUUGCAAAUCAAUCUAAGCUUGGCGGAUGCACUUCGGGAGAUGCCCCAAUAUGCAAAAUUCUUGAAAGACAUAAUUAUGAACAAGCGUAGUUGGGAGCAAGGUGGGACAAUACCGCUCACGGAGCAUUGUAGUUCAAUAAUCCAAAGCAAUUUACCGACAAAGCUUAAAGAUCCAGGGAGUUUUUCUAUACCUUGCACCAUAGGAAAUAUGAAUGCUAUAAAUUGUUUGUGUGAUCUUGGGGCAAGUAUUAACUUGAUGCCAUUGUUUCUUUUUAGGUCUUUAUUUGGUGAUCAACCGGUAAAGCGCACCUCGAUGGUAUUGCAACUUGCCGAUCACUCUCUCAAAAAGCCGUAUGGGAUAGUAGAAGACGUACUCGUUAAAGUGGAUAAAUUCAUCUUUCCGGUGGAUUUUGUGAUCUUAGACUAUGCGGUGGAUAAAGAAUGUCCUAUGAUUCUCGGUCGCCCUUUUAUGAACACCGGGCGUGCUCUCAUCGAUGUUCACGCCGGCAAGCUCACCUUGAGAAUUGAUGAGGAAAGUGUGGAGUUUGAUAUGAAGAGAGUGAUGCGGAAUGCCAUCGAGGAGGAAGAUUGCAUGAGAAUCGAUUUGGUUGAUGAACUUGUGAGGGAUACUCUUGAAGCGAGUAUGGAAGAGUUUAAUCAAGACGGAGUGACGAAAAAUCAACUUCUGGGUUCCCUACAUGAGUGUCUCGAUUCGAGACACCCAACUAAAGAGAGUGUCUCGAAUCGAGACACUAAGAAAAAGGGAGCAGAAGCUCCCUAUGGUCUUGUCUCGAUUCGAGACAGUCCCAUAAGUAGACUGUCUCGAAUCGAGACAAGAGCAACAGAAGGGGACCCAAAUUUUUCUGAAUGUUCGAAAGUCACCUUCCAUUCCGAUAGUCCGAGUGAGGAGUAUUCCGAGGAGGAUGAACCUAAGCCGGAGAAUUUGAACAAGAGUAGUGGUGUGACUCCACCAUCGUCCAAGGUGCCACCACAAGUUGAGUUGAAGCCACUUCCAUCUCAUCUCCGGUAUACCUUUGUUGGGGAGAAUGAGACUUUGCCAAUAAUCAUCUCGAACAAGCUUUCUAAGGAACAAGAGAGGAGGGUGGUACAAGUGGUGAAGGAGCAUGUUUUAGCAAUAGGGUGGCAAAUCUCCGACAUACGUGGAAUAAGUCCUCAAAUUGUGAUGCAUAAGAUCAAUCUCGAAGAUGAGUCAAAGAAGUCGGCUCAAAGGCAACGAAGAUUGAAUCCGAAUAUGAAGGAGGUAGUGCACAAAGAAAUUGUUAAGCUCCUCGACGCCGGAAUAAUCUACCCUAUUUCGGAUAGUGAGUGGGUAAGCCCAAUUCAAUGUGUCCCUAAGAAGGGCGGUAUGACAAUGGUGGAGAAUGAAAAAGGAGAACAAAUAUCCACAAGGACGGUAACCGGUUGGCGAGUAUGCAUUGAUUAUCGGAAGCUCAACGAGGUAACCCGAAAGGAUCACUUUCCGCUACCAUUUAUCGAUCAAAUGUUAGAAAGGGUAGCGGGGCACAAAUUUUACUGCUUCCUUGAUGGGUACUCCGGUUACAAUCAAAUAUUAAUUCUCCCGGAAGAUCAAGAGAAGACGACCUUCACAUGCCCCUACGGUACCUUUGCAUAUCGGCGAAUGCCCUUCGGACUAUGCAACGCACCCGCCACAUUUCAAAGAUGUAUGACCUCAAUCUUUAACGACAUGAUUGAGGAUAUUAUGGAGGUGUUCAUGGACGAUUUCUCCGUGUUUGGCGAUUCAUUCGAUGGUUGUUUAGCGAACUUAAGGCGGGUUUUAGCAAGAUGUGUUGAGACAAACUUGGUGCUAAAUUGGGAAAAGUGCCACUUUAUGGUGGAUGAAGGCAUUGUACUCGGGCAUAGGAUAUCGGAAGCGGGAAUUGAAGUGGAUAGGGCAAAAACAGAAGUUAUUGAAAAAUUAGUCGCUCCGGCUACGGUCAAAGGAGUUCGGGCAUUUCUAGGCCAUGCGGGCUUCUACCGGCGAUUCAUUAAGGACUUUUCAUCUAUUGCACGGCCCUUGACGAGAUUGCUAGUUAAAGAUGUGCCGUUUGAAUUCACCGAGGAAUGUCAAGGUGCUUUUGAGAGGCUUAAGGAGGCACUUGUGACCGCGCCAAUUAUAUCGUCUCCGGAUUGGAGCUUGCCCUUUGAGCUCAUGUGUGAUGCGAGUGACCAAGCUUUAGGGUGUGUUUUGGGUCAGAGGAAGGAUAAGAAGGUCCACGUGAUUUACUACGCAAGCCGGACCAUGGCGGGAGCUCAACUCAAUUACACCACCACCGAAAAAGAGAUGUUGGCGGUGGUAUUUGCUUUAGACAAGUUUCGGCAAUAUUUGCUCGGAUCAAAGGCCAUCAUUUAUACCGAUCAUGCCGCCUUGAGAUAUCUUUUUGCUAAGCAAGACGCAAAACCAAGGCUUAUUCGAUGGAUCCUUUUAAUGCAAGAGUUUGAUGUAGAAAUCCGAGACAAAAAAGGAACGGAGAACGUUGUGGCGGAUCACCUAUCACGAUUAGAAGUUCCGGAACCUAUUCCAAUUGGUGUUGAUAUUAAUGAACGGUUCCCGGAUGAAAUGUUGAUGGUAAUCUCGGAAGUGGAGACACCUUGGUAUGCGGAUAUAGCUAAUUACUUGUCUUCAAAUGUCAUGCCACCGGAUCUAUCGCACCAUCAAAAGAAGAAAUUUUUGAGUGAUGUGAAACGUUUUUUGUGGGAUGAGCCGUACCUUUUCAAGAUAUGUGGUGAUGGGAUGAUUCGGAGGUGUGUAUCUUUAAAGGAAGUGAUGCCAAUUUUGAGCCAUUGUCAUGAGGCGGAUUACGCCGGGCAUUAUGGGGCGUCAAGAACCGCGGCUAGAGUGCUAGAAAGUGGGUUCUUUUGGCCUACCCUAUUUCGCGAUGCCAAGGAGUUUGUGGGGCAUUGUGAUCGUUGUCAACGAGUAGGGAACAUUUCCAAACGAGAUGAGAUGCCAUUGACCUCAAUCCAAGAGGUGGAGAUCUUUGAUGUGUGGGGCAUAGAUUUCAUGGGGCCAUUUCCGAUGUCUCAUGGAAAUCUUUUUAUCUUGGUUUGUGUGGAUUACGUCUCGAAAUGGGUAGAAGCGGAGGCUUUACCUACAAACGAUGCCAAGGUAGUGGUGAAGUUUCUCAAGCGUCUAAUUAACCGAUUUGGGACUCCAAGGGUUAUCAUUAGUGAUGGGGGGUCGCAUUUUUGCAACCGGCAAUUUGAGGUUUUGAUGAAAAAGUACAAUGUGUACCACCGAGUUGCUACUCCCUAUCACCCCCAAACGAGUGGUCAAGUGGAAGUUUCGAAUCGGGAGUUGAAGAGGAUUUUAGAGAAAACAGUAAAUGGGACAAGAAAGGAUUGGUCCCUCAAGCUGGAUGACGCUUUAUGGGCUUACCGCACGGCAUUUAAGACACCUCUCGGUAUGUCGCCGUAUCGGAUUGUGUAUGGUAAGGGGUGUCACUUGCCGGUUGAAUUAGAACACAAAGCCUAUUGGGCAAUUAAAAAGUUGAACUAUGACUUCAAGGCGGCCGGUGAGAAGCGGUUGUUGCAACUUAAUGAGUUAGAUGAAUUCCGACUUGAUGCUUAUGAGAAUGCCAAACUUUAUAAAGAAAGAACGAAGAAAUGGCAUGAUGCUCACAUCUCACCCAAGUCAUUUGAAGUUGGAGCUUUUGUGUUGCUCUAUAAUUCAAGGUUGCGGUUGUUUCCCGGAAAAUUAAAAUCUCGGUGGAGUGGUCCGUAUAAGAUCCGGCACGUGGCGGUUCAUGGAGCAAUAGAAUUAGAAAAUCAAAAGGGCGAGACGUUCAAGGUCAACGGAAACCGUUGCAAGCCCUACUUGGGACCUUUGACGGGUCAAAUAGAUGACAAGAUCUAUCUUGCUCCCCCUUCAACUUAAGUGCCACGGAUUGACGGUCGAGCUUUCGACCUUAAACAAGCGCACUUGGGAGGCAAUCCCAAGAGGUUUGAAUUUUAAUGCUUUUAGUUGAUUUCAUUUUGCAAUUGCCUUAAGUUUUUUUUUUUUUUUUGUGUUGUUUAUGA